AUGACAAUCGCUCGUUCAGCAGCGAUUAUCGGUGGAGGUAUCGGUGGUUUAACGCUAGCUAAUGCUCUCAUUCGUUCAGGACUAUCUGUUUCACUAUAUGAACGUGCAUCGCAUUAUACUCCAACAUCUGGUGCUGCACUUAGCCUUCAACCAAAUGGACAGAUACCACUUGCUUAUAUUGGAUUCAAAGAUUCUUUGCAAAAACUUGUUUAUCCCUUUUAUCAUUGGCAAAUGAUCGAUGAACACGGAAAAGUUCGUAGCACGUCGCCAUGUUUCGGCGAAUAUGUACAACGAUUUGGUUAUUGUAUCGGUGGUACUAUCCGUGCUGAACUCGUUGAUAUGUUAAAAGCACCUUUGGAACAAAAUCACUGUUUACAUUAUUCACAUAAAGUGAUCGAUCUUCAACAAGAUGCGCAUGGUGUCACACUUUCAUUUGAAAAUCACCAUGAACAAAAACCAGUUCGUGUCGAUCUGGUUAUUGGCGCUGAUGGAAUUCAUUCAACGGUUGUGGAAAAGAUCUUCUCGGCAACAGAACCACCAAUUUAUUCGAAAGAAAAUAUUUUCUACGGUAUGAUUGACAAUAUUGAUGAACACACAUCGAUUGGUCCCAUCGCAACACAAAAGAACACAUUGACUCAAUGUUUUAGCAAGGGUGAAUUUAUUUCUUAUCGAGCUGGUAACCAAGGACAAUUCAUGUGGGCAGCAACGUAUCCGUCAAAUACACCUCCACUGACGAGUUCCGAUGCUGAAUGGACACAUACGAACAAUCAACGUGAGCUAAAUCGAUUUUUAACAUUAUUUCCUUCGACACAUCCAGUUCAUCAGUGUGCAGCUGUGACAGAUCAGCAGCGUUUACUACAUUUUGGGUUAUUCUACCGUAAACAUCGAAGUGAUGGUUGGCAUCGUGGUCGAAUCUGUUUGUUAGGCGAUGCAUGUCAUGCAACGUUACCCUAUGCUGGUCAAGAAAAACAUCAGUUUCAAAUCGAACCGGCAUUAGACGAAUACUACAAGAAACGUUUUGCUCGAACGAAACGUGUGGUUAAUAUUUCCAGAUAUAUGGGUCUAUUUUGCCAUUCACAAAAUUCACUCUUACAUGUCAUUCGACAGAGUUUAUAUCCAAAGCUCAUGAACUCGAAUGCGAUGAUUAAAAUAGCGGAAAAAGAAUUGUUCCAAAACUGUCCUGUGCCAAUGGAAUUUAAGAAAAUCAAAACAUAG